AAAAUUAGAAACAUUAAUACUUUUUCAAAUAUUAUAAAACAAUGGAAUAAGAAGGCUUUUGAGCAAAAGUGAAUAUGAUUGAUAUGAAUAAAACUGGUUCUUAGAAAGAAUAUUUGACAUUUUAAGGAAAUAUCGAUAUCAGUGUCACUUAUAUAUAUACAUAUAUAUGUACAGUGAAUGGUCAGCGUUCGAUAACGACUCUAUCGUUAAUAACGAUAAGAUAAGUGAGGAUUUCUCUGUAAGAAACGAACCACGAAAUUCAGUACACGCAUUUAAAUCAUGUUCGUCCUUAUAUUUUGUUUCAUCAGUUUGAGUCGCGCCGCUAUCAAUUAUAUUUCGAACAUCACGAAGAUGAAAAGCCUAGCGCAUUCGAUCUCGCAGGAUCCAACAAAAGAAAAUUGCUCCACGGACUCUAAGGAAAAUUUAGAUUUAAUUGAUGCUAAAGUAGUGCAUGGUAUAUCGUACAGGAAGGAAAUCGUACAGAAUUUUUCUAUACAUAAAGACGCAGAAGUCUAUCCGAUGAACAAUAGAAGACGUGGUAAAUGCGUGAUAUUCAAUAAUAAGACCUUUGAUGAAAUGGGAAAGCGAGAUGGAACUGAAAAUGAUCAGAAAGCGAUAGAGCACACCUUCACUAAUUUGGGUUUCGAAGUGAUAUCUUAUCCGGAUCUUGACUACGUUAGCAUCAUGGAGGAGGCUGCAAAUUUGUCCGCGAACAAUUACGAAGAUUAUGACUGUAUCUGUAUUUUUAUAUUAAGCCAUGGCACUAGUGGUGAUUAUGUAUACGCGAAGGAUUAUCCAUAUCGGAUAUCUGAUAUUUGGGGAAGAUUCACCGCAGAUAAUUGUCCAUCGUUAACUGGUAAACCAAAGCUAUUUUUCAUACAGGCUUGUAAAGGAAAGAAUGCCAUGCAAGGUAUUCGUGUAAGAAGUGCAACUGAUUCGGUCCAAAACAGUUACACAAUUCCUACUCAUGCAGAUUUUCUGUACGGUUACAGUUGUGUAGAAGGUCACUACUCGUUUCGUAGUUCACAUGGUAGCUACUACAUUCAGACUCUAUGCGAGGUGAUCAACGAGCAUUGGAGGAAUAUGGAUCUACUGAAAAUGUUAACGAUAACAUCGCGCAAGGUCGCUUUCGAAUUCGAAGCUGCAUACGAUAGUCCAUUCCUAAAUGAGACAAAACAAAUGCCUACCUUUAGCUCAACAUUGACCAGAGAUCUAUAUUUUUUUUCGAAAAAUAAGUCAUAGAACAGUGACAAUCUUUUUUUAACGAAUGAUCUCUUAAAAGUUGUGAAAACAGUCUUUCAUUGUUGUUACAUUUAAUAUAUACAAAAAUGUGGUAAAAAUUCAAGAAAGGAAGAAGUACUUACACCCCCGUUUAUAUACUAUUAGGACACUUAAAAAAAACAAGGUGAAUCCGACAAACCGUUAGAAAGUUAUUAAAACGUUAUUGUUAAAAAUUUUAUUUUAAAUUUAGCUACUAGGAAUGUUUCUUCAAAAUUCUUGUAAAUUGUUCCCAAAAUUUUUCGUCUUGUCAUCCCUAUGCAAAUUCAAAAUUUUCUCUGAUCGAUGACUUUCUUAACAAUUUUAAGGAAACCACCAAGUUUCCUAAUAAGUAAUUAUGAACGAGGAUGUAUAGAAGUAUGCGUUUAAUUUGCAGCCUUUUGUGUUUCCAACGAGUGCGUUGUGAACAUAUAUUCUAUAUAGUACGAAAGUGGAUGCGGCAUUUGAUCACGUUGGCCUUGAGCGAUUAACUGAUUUUGAAUAGAUUUCAGUCCUGAAAUGUUGUAUUGUGAUUAGCGCGUGAAUGUUUGAGGAUAAUGUAAGUCCUCUGUCACGAUUUACAAUUUUAUUAACUGCUUCAUUUCCUUCUAGUAAUCUGCCAAUUUAUGUUAAGGAUAUUCAUCGUUUUACGUGACUCGAGCUUAUUAUAAAUGAGAGGAUAGAUAUAAGGAUAGAUAAAAUUCUGCGAAGCCAGUAUAGUAUGGGCUAUGAUAUAACGAAGUUAUAAAUUGAAUCAUAGUAUUCUAGUCAGAAUAGAAGGCACAAGGUCCUCGUUGGCAGAGGUUGUAGCACGAUCACAAAGAAUGGCUAUUUUUGAGUUGAAAUCUUACGAUAUUAAAGGAGUAAUGAAUUGCAUGUUUUUUAGAAUUUCAGUUUCUUUCGCGCUCGAUAGCCAGAGACGUGUUAUAAAUUUGAUAUUUCCAAAGAGUAACAUAAAAAUACGAGUAACAGUAAGAGUUGCAGAUAUCUCAUGGUAGUUCAGUACGUAUCACAUGCAUCUUUAUCAUAUAUAAUUAUAGACAUAUUUAAAGUAACUAUUUAUAUUGUAAUUUUUGUAUGUAUUUCUAGAGUGGUUUCAUAUUUUAUUACCAUAAUUAUGAUAAUCAUAUCGUAUUACAGCCGUAUGAAAAAUUUUGUGCUGUAAAUAGAAUAUAUUUACAAAAAUUUUCUAUAAUCAUUGUUCAAAUACUUUCAUGAGUUACUGUAUACAUAUACUGGAAAAAUUGAUAUAUUACUCAUUUUGCAAACAGUAAAAGGGUAAUUUGAAUUUCAUACAUUUUAAAGCUUAAAGUGAUUAGAAAAGGGCCAAAAGGUUUGAAAGAUCAAUUAAAUUCAACGAAUGUAGUAUGAACAUACAAUUUUUUUUAGCAUCAAGAUCGAUCCAGAAUUUUCCUGAUAAUUGACACCAUCAUAUAGAAUGAUACGCAGGAAAAAUUCUAAAAACGUGUGGAAAGUUGUAUAAAACAAGGAAACUGUUUAAUUCAAGUUUGGUAAAUAGAUUGUAGGACCCUUUUAAACUUUGACAAGCACCAGUUAUUUUGACUGGCAUUGAUAAUGUAUCAAGGAUUAAUGUACUAAUUGGUAAAUGUAUUAAGGAAAAAAAAAUAAUACUUACAAAACUAAAACGAGCUUUUUUCUCUCAUGUAGAUAGUGUUAGGAAAAAACAGAAGUGGAUGAAAUAAUUCGAUAUGAAUUGGAAAUAGAAAUAUAGUUUUUAUACAAUAUUAUAAAGUUUAAAGUUUAUCAGAAUUAAUUUCUACUAAAAUACGUACAGAAUAAUUAUUUAUCGAAAAGCAUACCUUCGCCUCUUUUCCUCUACAGUUCUUCAAAGGAAGAUCAUACAUCGUUCCUCUUUAAUUUCUUGAUCGUGCUACUACUUCUUGAUCCACAGUUUCGCGUUCCUGAUCCAUUCUCUCUCCCUUUUUUUCUUUCUUUUUCUUCCAUUUUAUCUUUCUUUUCGAUCAUCGCUCUUCGGUGCAACAUUUUCCGCGGAUUUUUCUCGAGCACUUGUUCCUGCUCGAUCUCCCAUCAGUAUUUAAUUGGCUCUCCUAUUCGAACUGCUGUCUGCUCUUCGAAAUGAAAAAAGCUCGUUAACUUUAAACAAGCGAUACCGCCGUGCCACCAAUUACCGGCCGCUGAAAAAAAUCCGCUUUGCGGAUUGCCCAUUGGGGGUGAAAUUCUGUUGGAAACUGUACGACGAUGACGUUUGAACAUAUUUUUUUCUAUUUCAGGGAUAAAGAGCACUUUCGGUCAGCGGAUGUUUAUACGAAUUCAUAUUUUUAUAAACACAAGUAAAAAAUGUCAAAGCUAAGCAUAGAUCUGUUUCAUGCAUUAAGAAAAUUAUGUUUUGGAUAUUUUAUAUACAGGAUGCUACACGGUUUAACACUCAAAUUUGAUCAAUAUAUUGUGCAAAGAUAAUCUAGCAAAAGGUCAUUUCAAGCCUUUUUAAAGAAGAUGUAAUAAUAAUACGAGAUGUUGAUGACUAAUUAUGCUAUUAUUUUAUGAUAUUAGAGGUUUAAAGUCGCUAAAAGCUUGCGAUAGCUUUACUCGGAGAACUGGAGUGAAUAUAUUUAAGAGUCCUUGUCUCGUAUUUCCAGCAAUUUUUCUAAUAGGCAAAUGAUCUUUGCUAACGAAUCUGAUUUAAAUCGUUCCCCUUGUAGGCGAUGAAAAUUGGUUCAAUUCGAUAACACUGUAAUCGCUAUGAUUAGAGCGUCGCGUCGUUACUUUCGUGCUUCAUGUGUGUUUCGACGUGUAGCAAGAAUUCAAUUGUUAGAAAGAAUAAUAUAUACUUUGCGGAAGUAAAAAGAAUUUCUACGAUUUAAGAAAAACAAAUUGUUUAUCGUAAUGCUACAAAUAGUUCAAUUUCUUUGUAAGGUUAAAAAAUCAUAGAAUCUAAAAGAAAUAGCAAAUAAGUAUACAAAUUUUGGAAUUCUCUUUUAUAACUGCAAUGUUAAAAAAUAGAAUUCGUAAUGUAAAUUGAUGGAAAAGAAAUUGUUGAGAAAGUCGAAUCUUGUGGAUUAAUAAAAAUAGAAAAUGCUACUGAAAUGUCAUAGAAAAUUGUAUCUUUUCUAAGAUAAAGGAGAACGAUAAUAAGCUGUACAGGUAUAUGGAAUAUUCAAGGAAAUGGAAUAUUCGGUACGAAAUUUACACGUCCUAUUAAAUCAAGCAUUCAGUAGCCUGUUUCCAGAUCUGCUUGACAAACAUAUCCCUGCAGACUUAUCCCCAGUGUGGCUCUGCGUUUCUCCGUUCAGCGGCUAAUAAACUGUAUCGCGAUAUUAUCAACGUGUCCGAUCCAUAAAUCACCCGGGCGUUGUUCAGUGUCCGAAAAAUCGUUAUCGCGUGAAUUAACAGUAAUUAACUAAGGUACGAUUUCGUUAUUUAAACAUAUCGUUCUCGUUCCGAUUGUUUUAAUAAAUGAAAGCUGUACUCUGAAAGCUCAGUUUUCAUUUAGAAACGAUGUUACGUUUCACACGAUAUUGUAAUAAUAAUGCCACGAUAAUAUCUAAUAAUCUAAUAAUAAUUCCUUAAUAAUAAAUAUCUGAUAAUGGGGAAUAAGGAACAUUAUUCAUUUUUACUAUUUCAACAGCAAAUCAUCU